AUGGAGCCAGCACUACCUUUUAAGGCGGAAAAAGUUUGCGUCGUUGGAAGUGACGAGAUUGGUCGAUCAUGGGCCAUGCUGUUCGCAUCAGUGGGGUACUCAGUGAUGAUCUACGACGUAGUUCCACAGCACGUGAAGGAUACCCUCGUUGCCAUUAAGCAGCAGUUGAAGUUAUUGGAGAGAGAUGGCGCCCUUCGAGGAGAUUUGACGGCUAAACAACAAAUCCAAUGCAUUAAAGGUUCUUCAGAUCUUGCUAGAGCAGUAAAUGAAGCCGUCUUUAUUCAAGAGUGUGCAUCUGAAGAUCUUGAUGUGAAGAAGAAAGUAUUUCGUGACUUGGACCAGGUGGUGACGGACAACACUAUUUUGUCUAGUUCCACCGGCAGUAUUUGCCCUUCUAAGUUCUCUGACGGCCUUAAACAUAAUCCGCAGGUGAUCGUGUCUCACUCAAUAAAUCCAUUCUACUACAUACCUCUGGUAGAAAUCGUUCCAGGACCUCGGACCAAGGCAGAAGUAAUUGAUAAGACACUCAAAAUGAUGUUGGAAAUCGGCCAGGAACCCAUCUGUUUGUCCCGAGAAAUUGAUGGUUUUGUUCUGAAUCGUAUUCAGUGGGUAAUCCUCGGUGCAGCAUGGCGAAUGGUAGUUGACAAAAUUAUAGACGUAGAAGACGUCGACAAGGUUAUUUCAGCAGGCCUUGGCAUGCGAUAUGCUUUCCUCGGAGCACUGGAAACGGCGCAUCUGAAUGAUGAAGGUAUAAAGAGCUACAUUGAACGAUACGGCGAAACAGUGUACCGCGUAAGCCAGUCCAUGGGCAAAGGUCAAAGAACAAUUACAAUCUCUAGCGUGAACUCCAUUUGUAAUCAGCUGAAUCGCAUGGUGCCCCUCGACCGGUUGCAGGAGCGCCGUGACUGGCGAGACACCUGCCUCAUGCGCCUUUAUAAACUUAAGAAGGAAAUAUCUAACAACAAGUAACUUGUUGUAGAGAUGGUAAAGCUCAGAAGUUCUUGUUGUUCACUGCAAAUUAGACGAACAGAAGUAAUUUUUAGUUACGUAAUUUUUUUGUAAUCGACUAAUAAAAUGUUUUCGAUACUACGAUAUAGAUACAU